CACAGUCAGCCUGUAGAUGUUUAACUUUCACUUUCAGCAUCUUGCAGUCGUUUCUCACCAUCCAACCCUACCUAUCUGCUUUUAAAGCUGACCUACUUCACCUGUAAUGUUUUAAUCUGUUCAAUAAGGUUAUGUUUGUCUGGGUUCAGAGCAGCAGCAGCUUGGAUUUCCUCUCGUUUCUGACAGUUUAACCGACCAAGAGAGGAAGAUGUGUCCGUCUGGGACAUCCAUAACCGGCUGGCUGUGUGUUCUCCUGGCUGUCGUGUCCGCAGAUCCCGGUAAGUUCUCACAUCUAUGGUUAAGAAAGUCUACAAGAAGGUGGGCGACAAAAUCGUCCUCAAACCAGACACCGUCCCUGUAAAAAUCCCCAUCAUCUGGAAAGAGGGUAAUAACAUCGCCAUGCAGUGGGAAGGAAUGGAAACGGAUAGUUAUCGUCAGUUCUUAGUACGUGGCAGCCUGAACACUUCAAGUGGAGAGAUGACAAUCACAGGACUGACUCGAAACGACAGUGGAUUGUACACGCCAGAAAUCAACGACGUGGUCCAGAAUACAACUCAUCUCAUCGUCAUCUCCCCCGUCCCUAAACCCACUGUUAGUGAAUCAUGUGACGAUGAGAAGACCAGCUGUACGUUGACCUGUGAUGGAGACACCACGGACGCUGAACCAGUCACCUACAGGUGGAAGUCAGGUGACACGGUGACAGCUUCAACCAAGGAGCAUCGCAUUACAAAGAACGACAGUUCAAGUAUCAGCGAGUUCAUCUGUGAGCUGGAGAAUCCAGUCAGUCAGGAGAGCAGCCUACCCGUCCCCAACCGUCUCACCACUGGUGAGCCAGCACCCGGAGGAAAACUGAACAUCUCCAUGGGAGUCACAGUCUUCAUCGGUCUGCUGAUCGUCGUGAUGCUGCUGGUUUCCCUCCACAGAUGGUCCACAGGAAUGUGGUUCUUCCAAAAAACAUCCAUGCCAUGGGAAGCAGACUUCUGGAGGAGGCACGAGAGGCCACAAACAGAAGCUGCUGAAUCUAAUGGCACCAAUGCUCAAGAGCUGGAACAGACAGACGAGGAAACACCGAUGAAAUAGGCAGCCAAACGACGGCAAAAGAAGACGAUCCAGAGUGAAGCCGAAAUGUUUCAGGAAAUCCAGAAGUGCACAUUGGAUUGGUCUGUCCUGCGGUUACAGUACACAUAUUAUUGAAAAUCCCUUCAAUAGCAGUGUCAGUCCCAAUGCCUUAAAUCUAGAUUUAACAAAUUAUCUUGAGGCUAAUUUAAAAAAAAAAAUAUAUAUAUAUUUUUUAAACCAACAAAACUGACAAAGAGUGGGUAUGAAAGAUUGUUAAAGGCUUGUUUUUAAGACUGGAAUUCUGCUGUUUGUUUUAAACAGAAUACAUUCGUUUAUGCAGCAGCUAUUAUCUCCUGGGAUUUACCUUAAAACAACAUUUAAAGGUGCUAUUGUUAACAUUCAGCCACUACAUGUCACACGCUGCCUCCCCGGUUCCAUUGCAUUCACUUCACUUCAAGUGGUUGCCAGUUUUUGUUGUCGAGCGGAGUGAGACACGUGAUACCAACGUCGUUUUACCAUUGGCUCACAAGCCUUGUUAGAAGUGGGAACCAAACGGCAGAUAUCUUCCACAGAGAUAAACAAAACAUUCAUUUUGGACCCGCCAAAUUUUU